AUGUGGGGCAAAGGAAAGAGGGUAGAAAUACAUACCAAUCCACUCUCUUACUCUAUGCUGGUGUGCAUCCCCUCUGCUUACUUGAAACAGAAAAUACUUAAGAAGACUGUUUGGUACAUAGGAGACUCUAUGUUUCAUGCUGUACAAUGGUCUUCGAAAGCAUCCUUCACCUCUCCUCCUCUCAAGUCAAUUCAAAUUUGGGCCCACUUAACAGGAGUUCCUCUCGAUAUUUGCCAUGAGGAAGGAUUGAGUCUGGUCGCAGGACUUGUUGGUGAUCUCAAGGAGACGGACGAAUUCACAAAGAACCUCGUCAGCUUAACCCUUUCACACGUCAAAGUGGCGGUUGAUCUGACAAAACCUCUGCCUUCUGUUGUUGAGUUCCAACGUCAAAGUGGAGAAGUUGUUGAAGUCAUGGUAUCUUAUCCCUGGUUACCCCCUACCUGUUCUCACUGCAAAGAGUUAGGCCACAUAGCGAAAAACUGUCUCCAACUCCCUCCUCCUACCAAACAAGCUAGCAAAACUUCUACUAAACAUGCUAGCAAAACUCCUAAAAAGUCUAGAAAUACUGCUCCUUCCACCAAGGAAGUAGCUUCUUCCAGUAGGGAGUUAAACAAAGAAACUGCUUCUUGCUCUGACAGUAUGGAGGUGGAGCGUUCUGGUGAUGUUCCAGUUGAUCAUGUUGACCCCCAUGCCCUCUCAGCGUCCUGCCUCUCUCUGCUCCACCCCUUUCCUUAA